AUGGAUCUGAAAAACGACAGUGCUGGAACCACCACCGAUGGGACGCUGGCCCCAAAGAGACACCUGCCCCACCCACCUCACACAAUAACCUUCCAUCCCCCGACGACAGCUAGCGAGGGAGAGGACGCCGGGAGGGGAGGGUGCCCCGGGUGCCAGAGCCGGGACUCGAGCCGGGCGGAGCUGCCUUACCCAGUCCCGGAGCAGCGUCCAGUUUCCCCCGGGGCCGCGCUAACGCCAGUGCCUCUCCCUCCGGCAGGGACCCCGGCCCCGGCCUCUGCGCCUGGCCGCCGCCGUCCUCUUACUCCAUUGCCUCGGUCAGGGGCGCUGAGGCAGGAGCCGGAGGAGGAAAAGGGAAAGGGAGGCAAAGGUCCGGGAAGGAACAGUCGGGGAGGGGCAAAAACGCGGAGACUAGCCGGCUCCCGUGACGUCACUUCCGGUCUGUCCGGAAGGGCGGGGCCUGAACGCCUCGAAGGCCCGGCGGCGGUUGGAGGGCGGGGCUACGGGCCGGGAGGGGUUGAGCCGGUUCUCGAGACGUUGGCGGUUCUUUUGACUCGGGGUUCCGUAGUCUUCUCAGCCUUAGGUACUUCUGGGCGCAAGACUGAUUGGGCCGAUUGGGUCAAGUUCGGUCCGGGAAAGCUCAAACUGUACUGUCUACGCAUCACCGGAGACCUUGUCAAGAUGCAGUUUCUGAUGUUAGGGUCGGAGAUUCUGCGUCCCUAAUGAAUUCCCAGAUGAGGCCGAAGCUGCUGUUCCCCAGGCUGCACUGAGAGCAACAAGGGGUAGGUACCCAGCCUGCUCACCUAAAGACGCUUGGAGAGGUAGACGGUCCACGGAAAACGCCUAGAUUUCAACUGUCACAGCCUCGCAGCCUCCCGAAUCCUAGCGGGUGCCGCACCCCUACACCUCUGCCUGCCCCGCCUCCCAAUUCCCGCUCAGCACGCAGGCUUUAGGGCUAACGUUUCCAGAAUGGGCACAG